AUGUACUCCCUAGUGAAAACUCCCAUAUCACACCAUGAGAGGCAUGAUUCUCUACAACGGCCUGACUGUGGCACUCGUCAAUCCAGAGAGGACAGCCCAGGUGCUGAAUCAGGCAGGAAGAAAAAACUGUUGAAGUGUGUGUCGAAAGCUGUCAUCACCGACACCAAGGAUGAGGACCGGCAGCUGACAGGGACCAUUAUAUGGUCCAAGCUCACCGAAUCUUCGGGUGGAGCACCACCGAAGUCAAAGGGCAAUACCAAAAACAUGAAGCAGCCGGAUACCGACCCAAAGAUCGGCCAAUCCCAGCUGCAGGGCAAAGGAAAGGAGAAGGCGGUGGAAAUCGCUGAGCUCAUCAGAGGGCAUCAGCUACUGAAGUCCACUGCUGAGGAGGUGCGUUUGCCAUGUUGA